CUCCAUUGCCUUGACCCUUCACUAACGGGGCGUACUUUGUGUAAAAAACGUACAGUUUCCUUCGAACCACACCUCAUUGUACGUUCACUGCUAGUACAGACAGGAUGGUAAAGUAUUGUGCACUGGUGCUGCUCGCAACUAGCAGCCUGCUGCUGGUGGCGACUUCGAGUCGCGAGAUCCGCUCGGCGCAGGACGUCGACUGGAGCCAGGUGAGUCGGUUUUACGACCCCAAGGCGGACGCGGUGCCCGAUCGUCGCAUCAACAAUGGCCAGAUCGCUAGCCCGACCGAUGCUCCGUGGGCAGUUGGGCUGCUCGUGUCGCUUGCGUCCGGUACGAGCUUCUGCGGUGGUGCGCUGAUUUCGCCGACCCACGUCCUAACGGCUGCUUCCUGCGUGAACGGUCAGAGCUCGAUUACGGCGAUGCUGGGUGCGAGCACGAUUGCGACGACGUCCGAUUUUGUUCCGGUGGCGCACGUACGCGUACAUCCGGAUUACAGCUCGUUCCUGGAGCGAGAUGACAUCGCGAUCCUGACCCUGUCGCGUCAGCCCCGCUGGAAUGACCAAAUCCAAAUCAUCAAUCUGCCGCGCCGCAUGUACAUUGGCCACUCGUUCAACAACUACGUCACGACGAUCUCGGGCUGGGGUGAAACCGGCACCAACACGGGCGAACCGCUACCGAUGCCGAACCUGCGCUUCAUCCGCAGCCCCGUCAUCACGAACCUGAGCUGCGAGCUGUCCUUCCUGCUGACCAACAUCCGCAGCACGCACAUCUGCACCGCGACCGAUGGUGGGGCACCGUGCGUUGGUGACCAGGGCGCACCGGUUACCGUCACCGAGAACGGGGAAACCUUCCUGAUCGGCAUCCACGUGUUUACGGCUUCGCGCUGCGAGCGGGGCCGUCCUGCCGUCCACGUACGGCUGACCGAGUACAUGAACUGGCUUGAGCUGAACACCGACGCGCUGAUCCGACCGUAAAGAGGGAAUAAAGGUGGGCUUAUCGUACGACCAACUGCA